GUACGGCUGAAGAAUGUGUGUAACCGCCCCUUGUUUCUUACGAAGUAUCAAAAGUUGGCACAAAUGUCUUUGAUUAAACCUACAGAUGUCAUCUCGGGGACCGUGCAGCUGUCAAUGGAGACAGCUGGUGUGAUGGAAGUUCAUCUUCAACCAGAGCCCCCACUUACCAUCCCCGACCAAAGUGACAUACCAGUAGAUUUGGAUGGUUCUGCCUUGUGUCCUGAACAAACCAAAGAGGCCAAAACCCCAGAAGACAACGACUCAGACCUGGUCGAAACCGUGUGUGCUGAAGUGGUGCUGGCCUGCUGUAAUGCGGUAGGUGUGAGGCCCUCCACCAGUGAGCCUCUUGAUGCUCCGAACCAGUGUCCUGAACUAACAUCCGUGGACUGGAAACAAGCCCAGGUGGACGAUCAUGUGACCCGUACAGUCACAAAAGCACUUGGAAGGACACAUCUUACACCAGCAGAAAGAGCAGUGCUGUCCCAAGAUGCAAUGCGCCUCCUAAGGCAUCGUCCAAGGCUUUUCCUGAAGAAUGGAGUGCUGCACCGUAAGCUGCCAGAUCCCAAAACUUUGGCUGAAUGGCACCAGCUGGUAUUGCCGCCGGCGUGGAGGCAGGAGGCCUGGCAGCUGUGCCAUGAAAAAGCAGGCCACUUCGGAGGGGAAAAGACAUUGCAUUUGAUGCAAAGCCGUUUCUUUUGGGUGGGACAGGCCAAGGACAUUCUAGAAUGGAGUGCAUCCUGCCCACGGUGCGUUCUGCGCAAAGCGCCUACCACCCAGACCAAAGCUCCCCUUGUCCCGAUCAUGAAGUAAUUUCCUUUGGAAAUGCUCCAAUUAGACUUUCUGAAAUUACCCCCUUCCACACAGGGAUUCCAGAAUGUAUUGGUGAUGGUAGACGCCUUCACCAGAUAUGCCUGGGCUGUACCAACGCGUGAUCAAUUCGCAACAACCACAGCAAAAGUAUUGUGGGAAAAUGUUAUUCGUUUUUUCGGCUGCCCAAAACAAAUUCAUGCCGACCAGGGUCCCAAUUUUGAAGCAAAUGUGAUGCAACAGCUCUGUGCCUUGUACGGAGCUAAGAAGACUCAUACCACUCCCUAUCACCCCCAGGGAAAUGGGGGUUGUGAACGAAUGAACCGCACUCUUUUGCAAUUGUUGGGCACCUUGGAAAAUGACAAGAAAUCACAGUGGCCGUCUUACCUCCCAGAAUUGAUUUUCUUGUAUAACAACACUGUACAUAGCGCCACAAAUCACACGCCCUCU